AUGGGACAGCCAGGUCCCUCUCAUUGGCAACAAGAUCAAUUUGACGAGCCGUUCCAUCAUCACCCAUUAGUUCAUCCACAGACAGAACCAUCCGCGGUUUACCUGGAUUCAGAGAGCACGGGUUUUUCAACCCACCAAACAGUACCCGAUGCCGUCGACGGUACUUUGAGUCAUCUGGAUAACGGGAAGAACCUAAUGCUUGACCAGCAUACGGCGCCCGUCGAGAAUGCGGAUGGCAAUGAUAUGCCAUUUUUACCAGUACACUCACGACAGCUUUGGCCAAAAAAGAGCAUUAGUUUCAAAACAUCUCCUCAGCCUCUAUACAUAGGGGGAAGCACACAUACAGCCCAGCAUCAGGGCAUAUUUUCCGACAAUUCUCAGUCAUGGUUGGACGUGGGAGAGGAUUCCAAUGCCACCCAUGGUCCAUCAAUGUGUUUUUCCUCGAGAAGAGAGGAAAACAAAACACUAGUAUCCGUCAUCGAUGGAAGCGACAGAUGCCGCUCCGGGCACACAAAGGAGCCCGUAGAGCAACAAGACAUCAACAAAGUCCAAACAAAUGACGGAGGUGGUGAAAGCGGGUCUCGAAAGAGACAACGCGAGGAGUCUGACUCGGAGAUGGAGUCAGCUGGAGGCUCCCACAAGCCCAAGAAACCCAAAGUAAAGGAGACCCCGGACUCCUUGCCAGGAGACCAAAGCACAGCGGUGCAGGGCGCCAGGGGGAAGCGCAGAAAACUGAACCCGAGGGCUCCAGCAAUGAUGAAGUUGUACGCACACAACUUGACGCCACUGACGACGCCUGAGGCCAAGGAAGGUGGAUUUGUCCCACUCGUCACCGCAGACACAAAAGCGGCUAGCAAGGCAUUUGCCCACCACCAAAUGUCCGUCAACAUGGAGAACAUAACUAUCGUGUAA